UCGCGUGGAGUGUGGUGCACGCAUAUGCACGUAGCGCGAAGUAGCAAUGAGGUAUACCGCUAUGACUGUGCUGUGCGGACUGGCCGUGUUUACCGUGCUGGUAAGCGGGGUUCUGUCACAGGGCAGUACCUGUCCUCACCGAUGUCUGUGUUUCCGUACGACCGUCAGGUGUAUGUUUCUUCACCUGGAGCACGUUCCCCGAGUUCCGCCAGACACCACGAUACUAGAUUUACGAUUCAACAAAAUUAGGAAUAUACCAAGGGGUAGUUUUAGUAAUUUGCACAGACUGAAUACUCUACUUUUAAAUAAUAAUGAAAUAGCACAUCUAGAUGAUGGAGCAUUUCAAGGCUUACGACAGUUAAGAUAUUUGUAUCUAUACAAGAAUAAAAUAGAAGUUAUAAAAAGUAAAGUUUUUCACGAUCUUCCAAAAUUAGAACAGCUGUUUUUACACAAUAACAGAAUAAAGCGAUUACCAAAGGGAGUGUUUUCUACCACUAAGCAUUUACAUAGAUUACGGCUUGAUUCGAAUGCUCUGGUGUGUGACUGUGAACUGAUCUGGCUGUCGGACAUGCUGAAGGAGAAACAUGGCUACACCCAGGCUGCUGCCACAUGCGAGUUUCCGUCCAGUCUUCAGGGCAGGUCACUCAUGAGCAUAUCAAAACACGACUUUCACUGCACUACUUCGGGCAAUAACUCUGUUGGAGAAAAGCCCCGUUUUACCAUGGAGCCUCGAGAUGUUGAUGUUACGUUUGGUAACACUGCCUACUUCACGUGCCGGGCCGAGGGAAGUCCCAUCCCAGAGAUCUCCUGGUUUCACAACAAUAACGAGAUCAGUGCCCAGGAUGCGAGGUACAGCAUUCUGUCUGACGGAACCUUGAUGAUCCAGGAGACUAAGGACACAGACCAGGGUGUAUACGAGUGUGUCGCGAAGAACGCUGCCGGCGAAGUGAAGACCAACCAGGUGGAACUGAGGUACUUUGGAGAGCCUGAGAAGCCGAAGUUCAUGGAGAUGCCUGACGACGUGACUGCCGUGGCCGGUCGAAGCAUCACUCUGCCGUGUCGAGCAAUCGGCAACCCGCGACCGGACAUCACGUGGACGAAGAACGGCCGGGCGCUGCGGAUCAGCCGGCGCUACUCGCUGCUGGCCAAUGGGGCGCUGUCCAUCACCAACCUCCAGGUGGAGGACCGCGGGCUGUACCGGUGUCGCGCCGCAAACAGCGUCAACGCCAUCUCUGCCUCAGCCAGGGUCACAGUGCAAGUUUCACCUUCAUUCAUCGUGAAACCGCAGGAUGUACUGGUGCUGGAAGGGCACACAGCUAACUUCAUCUGUACUGCUGAAGGAGACCCCACCCCUAUUCUGAUCUGGACGAAAGACGGUCGUCCUCUGAGAAACACUCGUCGGUACCAGAUCAGUGAUGGGGGCGGCCAGCUGUCCAUACUGAGCACGGACCCGGACGAUGAAGGGACGUACAGGUGUAAGGCAGAGAAUGCAGCAGGCAUGGCCAACACCAGCGCUGAGCUCAAGAUCAUCCCCAACGUUGCACCUUCAUUUCGAGAAGAACAGCUAGAGACGACUGCUUCCACUGGUUCAGACAUUACGUUCGACUGUUCCGCACUCGGCACACCAGAACCACAGAUACGGUGGCAGAAAGAAGGCCGUAGAAUACACACCAGCAGCAAGUUUGUGAUUGAGGGUCACCGGCUGACUAUUCAGAACGUACAGCUUAGUGACUCAGGGACAUACAGCUGUGCUGCUGUCAACUCUGCUGGGCGGGCUGUUAGGUCUAUCAGCCUGUUGGUCCAAGGAGUAUCAAGUCCAUCGCGACCUGGGGACCGGUUUGUUUCUGGAGCGAUUCACAAUGCCACAAAUAGUGUCAACCGUGCCAUCAACAACACAGUGUUACAGCUCUUCAACCGCAGUCGGACUCAUUCUGUGCAGGAUUUGAUGAUGAUAUUCCGCUACCCUGCACCCGAGGCAUUGGAGCUGGCACGGGCCGAGGAGAUAUUUGAGCAGACGCUGGAGAUAAUAACGAACCACGUACGCCAGGGCCAUGCCUACAACCUCGAGGGACAUGAGGCCACAUACCGAGAGCUAGUUUCACCGUCUCACCUGGCGCUGAUUGCCGACAUGUCUGGCUGCAAUCGACAGUCACGGACCAUCGACUGCUCAGAUACCUGCUUCCACCACAAGUACCGCACACAUGAUGGCACCUGCAACAACCAGAUCAACCCCACCUGGGGAGCAUCGAACCGAGCCUUCGAUCGCCUUGUCGAUCCCAUCUAUGAAAAUGGAUUUAACACCCCCGUAGGUUGGAACCGAGCCAGACUUUACAAUGGAAACCAAUUGCCCAGUCCACGUCUGGUGUCCUCAUUGAUGAUGUCAUCAAGUCACGUGACCGAGGAUGAGAAAAACACACACAUGCUGAUGCAGUGGGGACAGUUCCUGGACCACGACAUGGAUCUCACACCUCAGUCGAUCAGUUACUCAAGAUUCAGUGAUGGGCGACGGUGCAAUGAAACAUGUGAGAAUCAGAGCCCAUGCUUUCCCAUCCCCGUCCCAAACAGCGAUCUCCGGAUACACAGCCAGUGCCUGGGGUUCGCUAGGUCCAGCGCAACAUGCAACUCUGGAACAACGUCUAUCUUUUUCAAUACUGUGUCUCCACGGCAACAGAUCAAUGUCCUGACAUCUUUUAUUGAUGCCUCCCAAAUUUAUGGUAGCACUGCAAGAGAAGCAGAGCAUCUGAGAGAAUUGUCAACUGGUCGAGGGCUGCUCCGGCAGGGACCAAUCACCAUUCACGGAACAAGAUAUCUGCCCUUUGAUGACCACACUCUAGCAGAUGUAGACUGUCAAAUAGAGUCAUCCAAUCGGCAUGUCCCUUGUUUUCUAGCAGGAGAUCACCGAGCCAAUGAGCACUUGGCUCUUACAGCAAUGCACACACUGUGGUACAGAGAACAUAACCGGGUGGCAACAAUGUUCCGUCAGCUCAACCCGCACUGGGAUGGAAACAAAAUCUACCACACGACCAAAAAACUCCUUGGUGCCAUGAUUCAACACAUUUCAUACUCUCACUGGCUUCCUAACAUCCUAGGAAACAAGGGUAUGGGCAUAAUGGGACCGUACAAAGGCUAUGACCCAAAUGUAAAUCCAACCAUCGUCAACGAGUUCGCAACUGCCGCCUUCAGAUUUGGACAUUCACUGGUCCAGCCCAUAAUUUUCCGACUUAACGAAACAUUUCAUCCCAUAUCUGAAGGAAAUCUUCCUCUCCAUAAGGCUUUCUUCUCGCCGUACCGUAUCAUGGAGGAAGGAGGGAUAGAUCCGUUGUUGAGGGGAUUGUUUGGAGUAGCAGCCAAGAAGAGGAUGCCCAGUGAGUAUCUCAACUCAGAGCUCACAGAAAAACUCUUUGCUCUGUCCAACGCCAUUGGGCAGGAUCUCGCCUCUCUGAACGUCCAGCGGGGUCGUGACCAUGGAUUGCCUUUCUACAACUCGUACAGGAAGUUCUGUAAUUUGACAGUGGCCACAUCAUUUAAUGGGUUCCGAAGAGAAAUCAAGGACAGAGAUACCAGACAGAAACUGCAAGCACUUUAUGGUAGUCCAGACAAUGUUGAUUUGUUUGUUGGUGGCAUGGCAGAAACUCCUAUUGAUGGUGCUAAAAUUGGACCAACAUUUGUUUGCUUGCUGUCAGACCAGUUCAAACGGCUUCGAGAUGGCGAUCGGUUUUGGUAUGAAAACCCUAGCAUAUUCCCGAUGGAGCAAGUGGCCCAGAUAAGACGGGCAUCGCUGGCUCGAGUGAUAUGUGAUAACAGUGACAGCAUAGACCGAGUACAGAAGAAUGUCUUCAUGAUGACAAAGUCUGAUGAUGAGUACAUCAACUGUGACAACAUUCCGCGAGUUGACCUCAGAAUGUGGACAGACUGCUGUGAAGACUGCAGAAGAAGCAACCGUCCUCAGUCGUUCACUCGACGUUUCCGUGGCCGCAGAUCAGCAGAAUUCAGCUACCCUGAAGACAGGCCCGAGCCAGAGCUGAUGGUGAACGGCUCUGAACACACGAUCACCGUAGUGGAGCACCCGAAGCUGGAGGUGGACGUGAAAACCGAGCGAGAUCACCGCGAGUUUGACGACGGCUGGACAGCGCGCAACCUCAGCGAGUCGGUCAAGAAAGACGUCUUUCAGCUGGAUUCGAGAAUAGAAGGAAUGGAGGCCGCCCUCGAAGAGAUGUCUAACACAAUGUUUCAGUUGCAGAAAAAGAUGCGGUAUCUAUACCGACUGGUGAAAGGGAAAGUGGGUCUACACUGUCGCAGUGCUAACAGAAGAAAACAUGUGCAUGGCUCCAAGUGGAAAGUUGAUAAAUGCAAGACAUGCACAUGCAAAAAAGGCCAGAUUGAGUGUACACAAAAGACAUGUCCUGUUCCGGACUGUGAAUCUCCUACAGAAAUCGAGGGUCAGUGCUGUCCCGUGUGCCAAUGAUGAACUUGUUGAAUCAAGAGAACAUCACUCUGUCACUGCUAACAGAGGUAAUCUGUGCCAAGGUCUCGGGUUCCAUGGCAACAGUCACUGACUGUGAUCUGAACAAUGCCCGCAUCGUGUUCAUGGAAAUACAAUUAGUGCAAUCUCUGGUAGUGUGGUUUCCACUGAUUCCAUGUUGGGAGAUUGCCACAAGCUUUAGAAAGUAAACGUACCACCGAGUUAUCACUUAUACUUUUGUGAUAAGAUAGGAUAUAUAUAUAUAUAUUUAUUCAUUUGGGGGGGGGGAAAAUGUGUAUAUAUUUUCAUAGAAUGUUAAAAUUGUGUGAAAUAUCUGUUGGUCCCUCUGUUAGUAUUUGUAAGAACAUUAUGUGUACCGGUAUCACAAUGCUCGAGUUAUUUUAUAUAUGUGCAAUGUAGAUAUUGAACCAGUAAGUAGGACUGCAAGUCUGGUGAGAGGGGGAUGGGGGAGGUUUUAGGGUUGCUGUUCUGGAACCCAAGGUCCACUGAUGGGUCCAGACAGGGAACAUUUUGUUAGUAUCACAUUGCAAUUCAAUAUGCAAGUUUCAGCAAUUGCUACACAGAUUUAAAACAAUAAACAGUAAUUGCUAAUCAAUUUUCAACUGACUAGAAAAUAUUGGUCAUUAAGAUUUUGAAAACAAUAUGUUCCCUGCCAGAUUGUGAAUGGUGUUUCCAGUGCUCUCCUAUUUUACAGGGGUGGGAAUUCUCCUCAGAUCAGCUGUUUUCCUCUCAUGGAACAUUGCGUUUCGUCGCAGUUUAAUCGUCCUUUCCUCCAAAAUGUGUCGCAUGGCACAGAUUUUUUAACCUAGGUUUUCGAGAAUUUCCGGAACCCCUCUAGAUUUCUUCUUUUUUUACAGUUCACCAAUUCCCACCCCUGAUUUUAAGAUCUUUUUAGUAAACAUCUUAGUUAUGUUAACGUUAUUGUUAUCAAAUAAACCGGAUUCAAGGAGAGCUGAUGUAUUGUGCCAGAGGGCUGGAUUAGAUGGAUUUAACCCAAGAUAUUGUUAUUAAAUGGGAUUCCAAGGCUUACUCUGGAACAAAUUUUGGUUUAGCCAAUCUUCAGAUAUGUAGAGUAGUACCUUGAAAAUUAUUAAAUCAUGAUUACUGUAAAGAAUAUUUUAUUGGCCAAAGACUAAAUGUAGUAGGCACUUUGAUUAAACAUUAGCAAGUAGUUGACAAUUAGUUAACUUGACAAUGGACAGGGUGAAGUCUGGGACUCUGUGAUCAUGCCAGUUUACACAGAAAUCUGGAUUACACAGGUGUAGGUUUGGACGGAGUCUACGGUCUAUUUAAAGUGAACAUACCAUUUUGCAGCUUUAAAUCUAAACCCAACAACAAAACCACCUCUUCACAAAGGCAUGUAUGCCGACAUAUUUAUGCUUCAGACAUAACCGUGGCACAAGGUAGCCAUUUUGACCACCUUGGAGUUAUACUGGCUACUAUUAAUGUUGAUAAGUGUUAUGCUGGCGACCAUUAAUGUUGAUAAAUGUUACUUCAAAAGAGGAGCCAAUUUCACAAAACAUCGUAAGUUUAUGUCUAAGACAAAUGGUUAUACCAGUCAUACAUUUGAAAGUGUUUGCCAUCUAUAUCACCCAAAAAAAUCACAUCAUUACAGAAGAUGGGAGUAUUUUAAAGACAAAAUAAAAUGAAAUAUGUGUACUUCAUACUAUAUUUGUUGUACUGUCAAUAAUAAAAAUUCAUAUUUACUUGUAGAUUUACAUUUACGUGCAAAACUAGGCUUACGAUGUUUUGUGAAACUGGGCCCAGGUUUUUAAAUUUAACCUUAAACACAAAAACCACAUUAAUGACCUUUUAUGUAAUUUGUAUGGGGUAAAAAGUAUGUGUAAAGUAUACUUUACAGUGUUUACGGUGUUUUAUGUCCGAGACAACGUAGUAUGCAUCCAUAUUUCAUAACAUAUUCCUAUAUAAUGUAUAUAUUUUGAUGGUCAAAAUGAGUAGUUAAAUAUGAAUUUGCAUACUUCAACAGAUAUAUUUACUGUACUUGAUUUAAAGCAUGCAACAUUCUCUGAAAAGUGCAAAAAGUAAAAUAAUAGUGCCAAAAAAUUGGAUUUUUUUUCUGAACUACCUCUAGAAUGAAGUCGUAUUCAAAAUGCACUUUUAGGGAACAUUAUCGUUUUGGUGGCUUAUGCUUCUUCAGUAAUGUUUAUCCAAGUAUAUUUCAAUGUUUUUUUAGUUUUAUAUCCAACCAUGUGGCAUCGUCAAUAAUUAGAUAUGAUUUUGUUAGUUGUACCACGUUUCAUAUUUAUGGUGAAAGUCUUACCAAUAAGCAAAUGGUCUAAUAAAAGUUUGUCUUCUUGUUUAUGCAUUUUGAGUGUACAGAAUGACUGAUGUAACAUAGUAUCUGUGAUAGUUAGAUCCCACACAACCUCUUAAUGUCACUUGCUUCUUGUAGUGAAGUUAACAGUUAUGUGUUACACGAAAUAGAUGUUCAUCUUCUGAAAGAGUAACAAAAUACACUGGCAAUAUGAAAGGGAACUCGUGGCCUGGGGGUUUUAAACACUUUAUGAGACACAUAAUGCAUAUUUUAAAAUUAAAUAGUCUUGUGCAACAACAGAAAGUUAUUUUGAUUACAAACAUAUAUAAAAUGUUGACCAUUAUUGUGAAUAUGAAUUAAUUUAAAAAAAAGGUUUCCACUAAAACAUUAAAAACAUACAGUAUACUACCAAACUGCAUUUCCAGGCCAUUGAGGCAAAAACCCAAAUUGUUAAUUGCUCAUUCUGUGUAGGAGUUUGUUGUUACUAAUUUUAGAAGGAAUUUUGCUUACCAGUAAUAACUACCGAGUUCCACACUGCCUAUAUGUUAGAGAAUGCCAUUUGUUAAAAUGUAGCCACUGCACACCUGUGAUAUGGCUACAGAUCUAUCAUUUCAUCCUAUGUAGUAGUCAUUAAGCAUUUACAUAUUUUAGCAUAUUUUUUUGUCUAUUGAAUGUUUUAGUAAUUUUGCAUUUAAAAUGUAACUUUUUUUUGUAGAUUUUACAUUAAUAUUAUUGGUGUUUUUAAAAUUAAUUUAUACUUUACCACGUAUAUGUUUUCUUAGUAUUUUUAACAGCAAAAAUAACUUUACUGUUUUUAUAGCUUUAAUGCUUUUUUGCACAUCCAACCAAAUAAUAAGCAAUUACAUGUAGUGUUUUUUAAAGGUUGCUACGCAUGAAGGAAUUUUUUUAAUGUAUAUAUUUUUGGUUCUAAAAUAAAAUGUUUUUAGCACAUUGGAGAUGGUCUUUCUUGGAUUUAAAUCAUGAAUACCAUAUUCAGUUGGAAUAAGAAUACCUACCCCUACCCCCAAUUUAUUGCUAAAAAUUAUUUCAAGAAUCAUUUUUAAAAAAGUUUGUUUAAACUAUUACACGUUAAAUAGUAUUCUUGUAAUAUGUUGAAUAUGUGGGUAAUAAACAAUGUUUAUUGACAUAAUUUUAGCUAAGAUAAACCUCUGUUAAAUCGGUCAUAUAUUUUGCCACAUAUUAGAAAUUGAAAACUAUUAUAAAGUUAUUUUAAUAAUCAAACUUGGUUUAUUUUUCAAUAUUUAACUGGUCAUAGGGUUUUAUGUGCACACUCAGAACAAGCUGCUGUAGUGCAAAAUAUUUAACUGAAAUAUUAAAUCCUUUAAAACAAUUUUAGAUGAAUAUUUUCUGCUUGUUUGCCGACAUGUUAUAAAUAAUUUUAUACAAGCUUUGUAUGUUUCUAUGAUAGUUCAAACAGGGUGCAGAUACCCACCUAUCCACAUCGUGUUGCAAUGCAUUGUGGGAAUUCUACAUGUAGGUCUGUGAACCCGUUUAUAUUUUGAUGUGUGAUUUGUAUCAUGACUUGACCAUCCAUACUCUAUGAUGUGUGGAUAAAUUUGCGAAUAAAUAUUUCUUGUAC